GGCAGGAGUCACCCUGGAGCCUGAGACUGGUUGGAGAGAUCUCUCUCUUGGGAUGUGUGGGCGAUGGUGGCUGGGGGUAAUAACAACCUUAGCUGAAACCCCUUCCUCAGGAAUGGCUGGGGGUGGGAGAGAGGGGAAGGGGACAGGGCCAAACCAUUGCCUGGUCCUGAGGGGCCCUGGUGCUGGCCCAGGCUGGGCCUGCCACCCUCGAAGAAAGCCAGUCCCAGGCUCUUCCUGGCCCUCUGAGCCAGGGUAGAAAGGAAGGAGCAGGGAGGGACCGAGCUCUGGAAAGUGGAAAGAGGGGUGUGUGUGAAGGAGACCAAAGGCAGGCGGAUCCAGGCUUUGGAACGUUGGAGGUUUCCGGCCACAGAGGCAGGCCUCCGGGGAGCCAAGAGGGGCGGGGAGAGACACACACAGAGGAGACAAACGAACAGAGACAGGAAUUGGGAGGAGAGGGACAGGAGUCCAGAGAAGCUGGGAGAGGCAGGGACCAGGGAGCCAGUGACCUGCAGACAGGGCAGGGCACAGUCCAGUCUCCAGAGACUCCUAUAGACAGCAGGACGUCUGUGGCCUUGGGUGCCACAAGCCUAGUCCGAUGAGGACAGCCUGGCUCCUUGGGGCCUUGGUGGUCCCCCAGCUUCUUGGCUAUGGCCAUGGGGCUCAGGAAGCUGAGAGGGAGUGGGAGGGAGGCUGGGGAGGCUCCCAGGAGGAGGAACGGGAAAGGGAGGCCCUGAUGCUGAAGCAUUUACAGGAGGCCCUGGGGCUGCCUGCUGGGAGAGGGGAUGAAAGUCUUUCCAGAACCUCUGAGGGCAGAGAGGCCCAGGGGGCAGAGGAGGAUGGACAGGGAGAGGAAGAGGAGGAAGAAGCAACCCUGACUCCCUCCUCCAGCCCCAGCCCUUCUCCCACCCCUGAGGACGCCAUCUCUUACAUUCUGGGCCGCCUGGCCGGCCUGGACGCUGGCCUGCACCAGCUGCACGUCCGUCUGCACACGUUGGACACCCGCGUGGCCGAACUGACCCGGGGGCUGCGUCAGCUGCGGGAAGCGGCGGGCGACACCCGCGACGCUGUGCAAACCCUGCAGGAGGCGCAGAGCCGCGCAGAGCGCCAGCACGGCCGCUUGGAGGGCUGCUUGAAGGGGGUUCGCCUGGGCCACAAGUGCUUCCUCCUCUCGCGCGACUUCGAGGCGCAGGCGACGGCUCAGGCGCGCUGCGUGGCGCGGGGCGGGAGCCUGGCGCAACCGGCCGACAAACAGCAGAUGGACGCGCUGUCCCGUUAUCUGCGCGCGGCGCUCGCGCCUUACAACUGGCCCGUGUGGCUGGGCGUGCACGACCGGCGCGCCGAGGGCCUCUACCUCUUCGAGAACGGCCAGCGCGUGUCCUUCUUCGCCUGGCACCGCGCUCCCCGGCCCCAGCCCAGCGCCGCGCCGCACCCGCUCAGCCCGGACCAGCCCAACGGCGGCACACUCGAAAACUGUGUGGCGCAGACCUCGGACGAUGGUUCGUGGUGGGACCACGACUGCGAGCGGCGCCUCUACUACGUCUGCGAGUUCCCCUUCUAGCGGGCCGACCGGCGCCGUGCGCCCUUCCAGGACGCCCUGCCCUCCCUCUCUGCCGGCCGACGGAAGUGUGUUCCUCGGCUGGAGCACCUGCAGGCCGGGACCCCUUCCUUGCCCUUGGCUGCCCUUGGAGCAGCGAGCACCAGGCUAGGUCUGGCGCCAAUAAAGCCUUGUGGAAUCUGA